AUGGCUUAUUUGAUUUUGAUCCAUUAACUUAAUUAAAUAUCAAUAAUCAAAAAUUCUGUUCAUUAUUAAAGUAUUCAAUCAUUUGCAAAAUACUUAUUUAAUGAUAAAAUCGAAAUAUGA